AUGAGACCCCCCGGUAUUUCGGUUCUGCAGGACGAUAUCACGCGGUUGACCGUUCUCGGUGCUGAGCAAUAUACCACCGAUUUCUUCAACGGUAUUCUAAGUCUGACGUUUGCAGUAGAAGUUCACUUCGAAACUCCCGACAGUGGUUUUUUUCUGAAGCAUUCUCCACGACAAAGUGCACUGGCAUCAGUCGUGUCGGGUGCAACAUCUAACAAUGGCAAGGUACGAUCAGCUAACGGCGAUUCCUUGCUUUCGGUGGAUCGAUUUACGGUAGUACAAACUAAUCAACCAGUGUCUGUGCGAGCCAGUUAUGGGCCUUUCUCAACGAAACAAACAGUACCCGCACGAUACAUCGUACCCGAUGUUCUGGAAACCACGAACCUUGACGGUAACUCUUCACAAAAUACCACUGCCGCAUUGAUGGACUUGCAGCAGCAAUCUAAUCUGCAUCUGGACAUAUCAGCCCAUGUUGUCCGGAGCACAAUUGCCCGUGAUUCACCGGUGCUUCGUGUUUUGUUUCAUGCUGGUGCCGAUCCUGGUGGUCAUUUACAGCGACAAAAAAUAUGCGUACUAUUGCACGCUUCCAUGGGUAACAGAAUCCCUCUUAAAGGUAGAUGUAUGCCUGAAGGAGAAGAUGGAGUAUGUGUCGCAGAAGUAAUAAUACCAGCCAACUGGUGGCCAGCACUACCACCUCCAGAGAGAGAUGGCCGACUAUCCAGCACUCCACCGAAAAGCCCACAAAGAUUAGUGCAAGUAUCUUACAGUGUGUUUGAACCUCCUGCUAGGAGUCCUGAACUUUGUGAGCCUAAAGUGCAGAUUCAACCGCUAACGCCAUUUGCAAAAAUUCCGCUUAGUCAGUCUCAAUUGCCCUACAAAGAACUUCGCUCUGAUAAUACACUUACAAUGAUGGUACCACAGAUACCAUUGUACCCACUUUCAAAACUACACGUUCCAGUUUUUCUUCAUCCGGAAAAUGGACAAAAUAUUGCAGUAUUCAUAGUAAGAGCUCGAGUAAAAGCCGGUAUGCGUAUUCUUGGUGCUGUAGCAUCAUCAGAUGAGUGGAACGUUUCAGUAGAGAAGGAAAACACUAAACACACUGUGGCGCGGGUAACUGCUUUUCGUAAAGAUCAGGAUCCAGACAGUCCUACGAGAGGAAUUCGUUUUGAUGAUGUUUCUUCGAAUGAGGGUGUUGUUGAAGUUUUUUCAUGGUUGCUUGAAAUUUCUAAUGAUACCAAGGAAUAUUGGGAUGGUGGAAGAAUCAUUUGGUCCGUUAGCUAUGUUCACGAUGGACCGAAAAUGAAAUUAGAUUUGUCGACUGAAUCCUCACUGAUGAGCAGCACCGGUUUGCAUGAAGAAGGUCGAAAAAAAAUAGUAGCAAAACUCGAUAUACAAAAGGAUGAUAUUCAAGCUGUAUUGCCUAUUGCCAAGAAUUGGGAACUUAUGAAUACGGCUGUUCUUACCGGUAGACAAGUAUCACAGGCCAUGAAAGUAUUCAUAGUAUCACAAGCUGGCAAAAUGGCUGAUGUCACACUUCAGAGUUCAUGCCAGACCGAAGAUGAAAGUGUGAUAAAAGUAUCGUCGUCAUGCAGCUCCGUUUAUGUAGAUGGGUCAGAAGUACGAGGUUCAUCCAAUGCCUCAAUAUUGGUAAAAUAUGGAACAUAUUCCGGACUGGCUCGGUUCACCGUAUGGAUGCCUGAAUUUCCCUUAGAGGUAUCCGUCGCCGAUUUUCGAUUAUCUCAGAUCAAAGGUUGGAAAAUUCCGGAGGAUCAUAACACUGUAAAUGGAAAACCAAAUCGGCGCAGGAAGCGAGCAUAUAGCAAUGGUGGUGCAUGGAGUCAUCAUAACGACGAUUUCAACAAUGGCGUCUCACCAGAAAGAGGUGUGUGUCGUGCGAGAUAUCAACAAAGUCCGGUGGAAGUAUAUGCGAGGUUCGUAGCAAUGGAUCAAGAUUCAGGACGUGUUAGCUAUUUAAUUUCCCGCCGUACUGGGUUGCGGGUUACGGAUUUGGUUCAAUCGUUACUGCGAGUUGCGGAUCCAAAAAUUGCUAGUCUAAGAGGACGAACACUUCAAGGACGUGCCAUGGGCCGCACGGAUGUUCAGGUUCUUUCGCCAAUCAAUGGAAGGGUAAUAGGCGCUCGUGAAGUGCGUGUAGGUAGUGACAAAGUAACUAUAACGCGGUUGAUAGUUAAAGUGGUUUCCGGAUUACAAUUAUCAAUAUCUGGUGACGGUUCGAUCGAUAGUGGGUAUAUUGCCGAGACCUCGGUUACACGAAGGCUAACUGCACAGUAUCAAGAAGGUCUUCUUGAUAUUGAACUAGAAUUUUCCGAUGGAUCCAAAACACCCCUCAGAGAUAUUUCUGUCGAUGAUUAUUUCCUCUUGGUCGAAAGUCUUGAUACGGAAGUUGUUGCCUUUGCACCAAUGCUUGCAUCGCAUCAUCCACGAGUUAUAGCAGUUGGGGAAGGAAACGGGGAGUUAUUAAGAGUUACCUUGUUGCUUUCGGAGGAAUGCCGUAUUCGUCGUAAUAUGCCGGUUUCCAAACAGGGUAUUAAGACAUCUGUUGGUCCGUUGGUUAGUGCACUUGCAUCUGUUCAAGUUGAUUUCAGUGGAUCAGAUACGAAUACCAGAACAGACACAUUACAGAACGAUGGUGCUGUGGGGCGAGAUCGUAACAAAAUGGGAAAAGAAUUAAAUGACUUAGAGGAUAUACUUAUUGGGAUUCCGCUGCAGGAUGAUAACGGUCACGAAACUGCAGCUGUUGUGCAUUCUUCCAGCAAGCAUCUUCGAGGAAAUGUAGGCGGUGGUAUUAUCAGCAGUAACAGCGGGAUGGUCGGAGUUUUCUCAUCAAAUAAAAGUAUGGUUCAUGGCGAUGCAUCCACUCUUGAAAUAGGCAUGUACAUUGUGUUAACUGCCUUUUGUUUGGCCAUUGCCGUAUUUGUGGUGUCAUGUGUGGUAUACGCGUCUAAGUACCGACCGGUAAUGAUUGAUGCAAAUGGUGAUGCUAGUGUACGCGAUGGUAUGGGACAUUCAACUGUGUUUGAUAUUGGAAAAGGUAAUGAGUCCUGUGCUACUAAUGCACACGAUUGGGUAUGGUUAGGUCGGGCAACUGUUGAUCGAUCUAACGCGGAUGUAUUAGAAGCAGGUGCAAGUCAAAAAGAUUCACGGAUGCACAUAAUUAGUAAUCCAAUAGACUCUAAAUACGAUGAUAUGAGCGAACAAGUCGUACAAAUUAAUAGUUUCGAUAACCCCAAUCAUAUUCAAUUACCAUCAGCUGUAGCUGUAUCUCUGCAAAAUAAGCGUACAGGAAUCAUAGCAAACGACAAAUCCGUUACACCAAUUAAUUCCUGCACAUAUAAGACGCGUGAUCGAUACAAUCGUGCAAUGAAUGAUGAAGUCUCUAUAAUACCGCAACGUAGUACGGCAACGACGGUGGUUGAUCGAAUCGAAUACCGUCCACCAGUGCCACCGCAUCGUAAUAUAGGUGUAACUGCUCAUGUUUCUAAUAAGCAACUGCCUAUUGACACCGUUCCACAGUUGAAGAUAUCGAAGCGUUAUCAUCAUCGUCCUCCCAGGACAAGCGGUGGGAUAGCGCUCAGUAAUGUGGGUAGCAGUUGCUCGAGCAUGAAUCCCGCAUUUGAUAUACAGCUACAAAACAGUUCUGGAUUACAACAGCGUAACAUAAAUCAUACUCAGCAGCAACUAAACUUAGCCCUCUUUAAUGGUGGUAGCAAUGGUAACUCUAAAAAUGCUAAACAAUACCAAUUAGCGCAGUCGAUACAAACUAGAAAAACGAACAGAUCACCGCACUCGUUUGAAAACAUGGGCUUCUCUAUCACCUCACUAUCUAAUACUGAAAAUUAUCAAAAUGGCGAUAAAAUCCAUCAACAACAUCGGUCACCAAAAGAAUUGCAUAUGGCUGAACGUUUGGUAGAGCAACCGAAUGGCCAACUGACGGCAUUUAAAUUUGACACAAUAAAUCAACAUCAAAAACAUCAUCAGCCAUUUGAAUGUCCUAAGUCCUCAAUACAAUCACCUGAGAUCAUUGCAAAUCCAGGUGAUCAGAAAAGCACUGGUUACAAUCAACAAUUCCAGCAACAACUGAACAAAUCUCUUGAUGGUAUAUGCAGCGUCGGUAAACAGAAACACAUCGAUGAGGAAGAAAGCCAAAAAAGCGUGUCCUUAUCCUCAGAUGACGAUGGUGGCUUUGCCCCAACAGUUGAGCAGUCGUGUAGAAAAAUUAAUGUUAACGUGGAAAGUACUGCGCCAGCCUAUGUUGCGUCUAUGAUAGCUUCAACGAAAGAAGCUAACAAAAAACCAACUGUAGUGGGAAAUCCGAUGUUUUCAACUACACCUGACAGUGAAUUGGGACCGGGAGAAAGUCUAGGGUUAGAUGAUCUAGACAUGGAUUACGAACAAAUUAUGCAUUACUUCGAUAACCUGAAGGUAGGCAAGUACUAA